AUGCCUGUUACCGACGAGGAAGCUGCGCUGGCGGCGAUUGCGACGCUGGACGAGCUCUCCGCUGAACAGCAGGAAGCAUUGCGCGCUAUCAACACUAUACUCCACAACGGAGAGCCUUUUAUUGACAUUCACGAGUUGAUAAACCACUACAAUGUACUGUACUUUCGGAAGCUUCUGUUAUCCCGCGUACAAGUGUUAUGGUCGCCACGAUUGACUCUUUGUGCGGGAAUUUGCGAACUUUCCAAAGACGCCUCCACUGGCAAGUUCACACGCAUCCGUCUGAAGCUUAGCACACCUCUGUUGCAGUAUCGCCCGCGACCUGACACCAUCAAUACGUUACUCCACGAGGCGAUACACGCUUACUUCUUCAUCACAACGUCGUGGAAACACUCGCGAGGAGAUGAUGGCACGGGUCAUGGCGUUGGGUUUCAACUGCUUGCGGACGCUAUCAACAACCACGGCAGUUACCAGGUUACCAUCUACCACACGUUUCACGAUGAAGUCGAGAGCUACCGCACACAUGUGUGGCAGUGUGACGGACCGUGUAAGGUUCAACCGCCCUACUUUGGCCUCGUGAAGCGAAGUAUGAAUCGAGCCCCUGGCAAGUCCGACAGCUGGUGGUCGAGACAUGAGGCUGAGUGCGGAGGGAACUAUACCAAGACCCAGGAGCCAGUGCCCACGAAGAAGCAGUUGGAAGCUAUGAGCGGCAAGGAACGUGCAGGGAGACAGAAAAACAAACUGGAUAGCUGGGUUAAGGUAGGAACCAAGAAGCGUGCCGAACCGGAUGGUAACACGUUUGAACGGCCCAUUGACGUCGAUGGCGAGCGUCAAAUCUCGAUCGAGACCCAGAGUGCAACGAAAAAAGUAGCAACAACUAUGAUCGAGGAUGUUGUAGGGUCAGAAUCGUCAUUCACAAGCUCUCGAGCAGGCCAGAAAAAACGGCCCCUUCCAAAAGAUGAUGCUCCUGACUUGAGCAUUGAAAAGAAAUUACUGGUCGAAUGUCCGAUAUGUAAUCUUCGAAUAGCAGAAUCAGAUAUCAAUGAGCACCUGGAUCUGGUGCAUUCCUAG